AUGUUUGACAAAGCCGGUCCCACUGCAGCAGAGCUCUGGAGUGCAGCACAAGAGGAAGGGCCUUUCUCCACGGACCACGAGCUUUCAUAUGUGCAGUGGGACAAAGACUGUGGUGAGAGCCUCCCUCGGUGUAGUUUGACAACAAUCAAUAAUAUGGUGUACUUCCUGCAGCGCUCAGACUCUGACCACUACAUCCAGCCGCUGAUCGACUGA